CCAAAAGGCGAACUUUAUCAAUUAAAAUACCUUUUCUUUAUCAUUUGUUAGUUAGUUGGCCUGACUUUCUUAUCGCAGCCACACAACUGUGUGCGUGUGAGUUUUGGUGUCUUUCAAAUUUGUGUGUGCAACCGGGUCACCGCCACCUGCGGCUCAGUAGUUCGUGUGUUUUCCACCGAUAUAGCCGCAAUAUACAAAUAAAAUGUAUCACUACCAGCAAGGCAAGUACAGGAUGUGAUGGAAGCAGUGUCGAUGGCGGCUAAGCCGAAAGAAGAGUUGUGGCGAGAAAGUGUUCCCGAUAAGAUAAUCGUCGAUUGCCAGAGCUCUCUCUCGCUCUCCCUCUGAGACCAACAAUUGUAUUGCAGGGGUUUAUAUGUGAUUCACCUAUUAUUGAACAUUUGUUGGGCCACAAUAUAUAAAUUACUCAACAGCACACACAUGUGUGUACAUUAUCUGUUAUCUGCAUCUACUGUGCGUCGGCGAUGUGUUCGUGUGCGUGUAUGGGAGAGUCGAUUUGAUAAGAAACAUGGCUAAUCUGCAAAUAGUCGGCCAUAUGGGAUACUUUCUGGUAGGGCAAAUGGGUUAGACCAUCGUCACCUCCAAGCGGAAGAGCUCACACGACACGUAACUAUAGCGGCACAGAGAGCGAGCGCAUAUAUUGCAUACUAUCUAUAACAAUCCAGCCAUGAGCAACCACUUUCAAUACGGCGAUGAAACUGGCGCCUACACAGAUGCGGAGGCCGACAAGAACUUCGAUUUUGAUGACCAGAGCAUCAGGAAGGGCUUCAUUAGGAAGGUCUACCUCAUUCUGAUGGUACAACUGCUGAUUACUUUUGGUUUUGUCAGCGUGUUCACCUUCUCAAAGGGCACACAGGAAUGGGUCCAGAAGAACCCAUACCUCGUUUGGAUCGCCCUGGUCGUUCUCAUUGUGACUAUGAUCUCCAUGGCCUGCUGCGAGAGCGUUCGUCGGAAAACGCCACUCAACUUUAUAUUCCUGUUCCUGUUCACAAUCGCCGAGUCCUUCCUGCUGGGAAUGGUGGCCGGCCAGUACGAGGCCAAUGAGGUGCUGAUGGCCGUGGGAAUCACGGCAGCCGUGUCCUUGGGACUCACCAUCUUCGCAUUGCAAACCAAGUGGGACUUCACGAUGUGCGGCGGAGUGCUAGUCGCCUGCCUGGUGGUCUUCAUCAUCUUUGGCAUUAUUGCCAUCUUCAUACCAGGCCAGGUGAUCGGUCUAGUGUACGCCUCGCUGGGUGCCCUGCUCUUCUCCGUGUAUCUGGUAUACGACACGCAGCUGAUGCUGGGCGGCAACCACAAGUACUCCAUCAGUCCCGAGGAGUACAUCUUCGCGGCCCUCAACCUCUACUUGGACAUUGUCAACAUCUUUAUGUACAUACUGACCAUCAUCGGAUUGGCCCGCAGCUAGACGCCUCAGUGACCGUGUGUGCGGCAGUUCCCAUACAAGUUCUAGAAAUAUGUAAUUUAAUUUUAUGUACGCUAUACGAAGAAAUACAGAUUUGACUAUUAGCCCA